AUGGUCCGCCUCAAGAACCGCUAUCUCUUGAUCAACAUCCUUUAUCCCACCUCCGCGCCGGCAACCAGCGUCUCAGGCACCGUUCCCGACGCGCUCAAGUUCUACCAGCCCACCUCCGACAAGCUUACACCGCAGCUCCUGCUCCGGCUCAUCAGGGAUGGAGUCGCGGAGUUAUUUGGCGAUUACGGCGCUGGGAUGAUUGGGGGGAGCUUGCAAGUGAAAUACCUCUCUCCACCGACCAGCACAGCAAUCAUCCGCGUUACGCGAUCGCAUUACCGCCUCGUAUGGGCGGCGUUGUCGUUUGUGACGAAGUUGCCAAAGCCGCUAGACACGCCGUGUGUGAUUCAUGUUAUGAGAGUGUCUGGCACGAUCAGGAAGGCCGAAGAGGAGGCUAUCCGCAGAGCGAGGGAGAGUGUGCUGAGGGCGAGGUUAAUCAUAGGAGGUGGGGCGCAGGGGCUGUUGAAAGAGGUGAUUACCGCGGAUGAUGGGGAUGAUGAGGAUGCGAGUAUGGAUGGUAUUGAGGAUGAUGAGGAUGAUGAGAUGGAUGAGGAUGGCACGGAUGACUGA